AUGCUACACAUUCUCAACCUCAACAAAACAACAAAAAAGAAGAACUCACUUAGUACCAAUCACUCAGCAACUAAUGAUAUCAACAAUCCAAAUGAAGAAUCCUUAUCUGCUAAUCACUUUGAGAGCCAGUGCAAAGCAGCAGCAUCAAUGUCAUAUCAAGGCAAUGAGAAUGAAUUGAAAGAAUUUACCCCUAAAAAGCCAAUUAAGCUGGCUCCAUUAGAGCUCUCUGAAGACAUUAGGAAAGCUCAAUCUGAAAAGCUCAAAGAUGUUCAAAUCGAAGCAAAGAUGGCUGCAGAAAAACUGGCUACCAGUGGAGCAAUCUGCAUGGAAAACCAGCUAAAAAAGGUGAGGAAUCACAGGCAGCUGGAGAACUUAGAGAAAAUAAGACAGGCUGAAAAUGCAUUACUAGAAAACCAGAAAUCUUCAAAAUCUCUCAAGCAACAAGCAUCAUUUCUUCCUGCCAAGAUCUCAGAUUCCAUUAUCAACCAUAAAUUUGGAGAAAAAGCUCUUCCAAAUAAACUCUUGGUUCCCAUUACAAGCAUCGGUGCUAAAUCUGAAAUGGUGCAUGACAUACAAAAUUAUAUUCCUGAUGGAAAUCCCGAAGCAACACAUCAGGCUGUAAGAGGGAGAAUAAAGAAAGGAAAAGGCCAUGAAGGUGAAACACGUGGUCGGUCUAAGCCCUUAAAACCAUUACCAUUAACCUUUAGCAACGUGAACAUCAAUGAAGGUUUUAACACUGCAAGCCAGCAGGUUAAAAGUCCUAAUAUUUCUUACCAACAACAAGGGAUGGUGCUUCGAGCUAUGUCUCGAGCUUUGUAUGUCAUCAUAGUUCUGUCAUUUUGGGUUGGAGAGGAGACAACUGCAGAGAGAGCAGGCUGCAAGAAUGUCCACUAUGACCUGGUCUUUCUGCUGGACACUUCCUAUAGUGUGGGCAAGGAGAAUUUUGAAAAGGUCAGACAGUGGGUGGCCAACUUGGUGGACACUUUCGACAUCGGUCCAGAUAAAACCAGGGUAGGGGUUGUAAGCUACAGUGACAAGCCACACACUGAGUUCAACUUAGGUGCUUAUCAAAACACGGAAGAUAUCAAGCAGGCUGCGGCAAGCAUCAGGUACCGACGCGGGAACACCAUAACCGGGGAGGCCAUUGGCUACGUCACUUUGAAUAGCUUCUCACAACAGGAAGGGGGAAGACCCAAUAAUCCGAACAUCCAGAAAGUAGCAAUCCUCUUGACUGAUGGCAGAAGCCAGGAUGAAGUCUUGCCAAAUGCCACUUUGGCUCACUCUGUUGGCAUCAGGCUCUUUGCUGUGGGUGUUGGUGAUGCCCUUAAGGAAGAACUGGAAGAGAUUGCCUCUGAACCCAAAUCUGCUCAUAUGUUCCAUGUUACUGAUUUCAAUGCUAUAGACAAGAUCCGAGGAAUACUGCGGCAAAGACUAUGUCAAAAUGUUCUAUGUCCUAAUGUUAGAUUGGAGGGGAAUCAAUACAAAGUACCAAGGAAGGCUUCCACUAACAUCCCAGGUUUUGACCUGAUGGAGCUGUUCCAUGUGAGAAGCAUUAUUGAAGUGAAGGAUGGAGGAUUUGUUCGCCUUGGAACAAUGCCCAUAGUUCAAAUGACAAAAGAUGUGUUUCCUCAAGGUCUGCCUGAUGAAUAUGCCUUUGUUGCUACAUUCAAGUUCCGAAAAUCCUCGAGAAGAGAAGACUGGUACAUUUGGCAAAUUAUCGACAAAUAUGGAAUUCCACAGGUAUCCAUUCGCUUGGAUGGUGAGAACAAAGCUGUGGAAUAUAAUGCGGUGGGACUGAGGAAAGAUGCUGUGAGGACUGUAUUCAGAAACAGAGAAGUCAGCGGCUUAUUUGAUCGCAACUGGCAUAAGAUGGCACUGAGUAUUCAGUCAGAUAGUGUCUCCCUCUACAUCGAUUGUAAACUGAUUGAUACACUGCCAAUGGAAGAGCGGGAGAACAUUAAUAUCCAAGGAAAAACAGUCAUUGGCAAGCGGCUGUAUGACAGUAUUCCAAUUGAUUUUGACCUUCAGCGGAUUGUAAUUUAUUGCGACGCUAAGGAUGCGGAGCUGGAGAACUGCUGUGAUCUUCCCAGCAACCCAUGCCAGAUUACACUUGCCACCCAACAUCCUUUAUUGGAGAUUUCAACCCCACUGCAACCACCUGCUGAGGCAGACAGCACAAAGACUGUCAACUGUUCUUGUCAUAAGGGAGAGAAGGGUGAUCAGGGCAUCCCUGGUUUUCAAGGACCCAGAGGCCCAAAGGGAGAACCGGGCAAAAUGGGAACAUACGGCCCUAAAGGACAGAAAGGAGAGCCAGGCAAAAUAAGCUAUACUUCAGUGGUGCAAGGUGAAAAGGGAGCAAUUCAUUUCUCUGGUUUACCUGGAAAGGAAGAAAGCAAAGGAGCUAAGGGCAAUCCUGGUAUUAAAGGAGAGGCAGGUCCACCAGGUGAGAAGGGCGCAAAGGGAGACCAGGGUUAUCCUGGAGAACAGGGUUUCAGAGGCCCAACUGGACCGCCUGGUGAUCAUGGUCUUGAUGGAUUUCCUGGAAAAAUCGGUCUUCCUGGAGAAGUGGGUGCAACUGGUCUUCCAGGGCUUUCUGGAGAUAAAGGAGAAAAAGGAGAAGCUGGACCUCCAGGCCUACCGGGGAGUGUGGUGGGGGAGUAUGAUGGCUUAAAAGGAGAACGAGGUGAGCCAGGACCUCGGGGCUUCCCAGGUUUGUCAGGCCCUCCAGGACCUAUGGGUCCUCCCGGUCUGGAUGGCAUUGCUGGAAAACCGGGUCCACAAGGUCAAAGGGGUAUUAAAGGAGAGGCUGGUAUUCCAGGAGCACCAGGACAUCCUGGAGAACAGGGGCUGCCAGGUGAAAUUGGAUUUCCAGGAAAACCAGGAUCAAUGGGAAAACCGGGUCCACCUGGAAUAGAUGGAAAAAAUGGUUUUCCUGGACCUCCAGGGGUUAAGGGGCAAGAUGGAGAGCCAGGCCAAGAUGGUUUGCCUGGAAGACCUGGUGAAAAGGGAGAAACAGGGAGUCCAGGUAUCACAGGCCCCAGUGGACAAAAGGGAGAACAAGGAGAUCGAGGUGCAACUGGUCCAAAAGCAGAAAAAGGUGAAAAGGGAUCUGUUGGACCUCCUGGUUCUCCAGGCUUACCAGGGACGACAACUGAUGGCUUUCCUGUACCCGGACUACCGGGCUUAAAUGGAGAGAAAGGAGACCCUGGAGAACCAGGAGAGCCUGGUCCACAGGGUAAUCCUGGACCACCUGGGAUCACUGGGGAAAAAGGUGAAAUGGGUAUUAUUGGAAGACCAGGUCCGCCAGGCCCACAUGGGGUACCAGGAAAUGUGGGAAUCCCUGGAGUGGCUGGUCCUCCAGGCAAGGAUGGUCUCAGAGGUGAGAAGGGGGCAUCUGGUAAUGAUGGUGAUCCAGGGGUGCCUGGAACUCCCGGUGACCCUGGGCCAGCUGGAAUCCCUGGACCACCAGGUGAAAGUAUAACCGGAAAAACGGGCCAGCCUGGUAGACCUGGCUUGCCAGGACCACAAGGACCCAAGGGUGAUCCAGGGGAUCCUGGAAUACCAGGGUUAGCAGGAGAAAGGGGACCUCCAGGUGAAGGAAUCCCUGGACCAUCAGGCCCGACAGGACCACAGGGUGAAAGAGGUCAUCCGGGUCCACGAGGUCCACCUGGACUCAGAGGCCAAAUUGGUCCCCCAGGAAAUGAUGGUUUGCCCGGUGCCAGAGGAGAUCCAGGACUUCCAGGAGACCCUGAAUUGUGUGGUAGCUGUCCAGCAGGUCCACCUGGAUUACCAGGAGUCCCUGGCUUCAAGGGAAGCAAGGGCCAUCCAGGCCUCCCUGGGAAAGAUGGAAAAGAUGGACUAAGGGGAGACCAAGGACCACCAGGGCCACCAGGACCACAAGGUCCAGAAGGGACAAUGGGUAGCAAAGGAGAACGUGGUUUGCCUGGUUCAUCUGGCGAAAAGGGAGAACAGGGUAAUCCAGGGUUACCAGGUUACCCUGGACCACCUGGCAAUCCAGGCCAAGUUGGAGCUGAUGGCGUUCCUGGAUCUCCUGGUGUACCAGGUUUACGAGGAGAGAAGGGACUUGCAGGAAAAGAUGGAAAAGAUGGGAAACCUGGACCUGCAGGAGAGCCGGGGGAGACAGGGAUGGUCGGACCACCAGGUCCACCAGGUACACCUGGAAAGGAUGGUGAACAAGGUCCUUUAGGACCUCAAGGUCCUCCUGGUUUGAGAGGAGAUCAGGGCAAACCUGGCCCUCCUGGGCCUGAAGGAAAGCCUGGUGAACCAGGUCUGCCGGGACCAAAGGGUUCAAAAGGAUCAAAUGGAGAUCCGGGCUUUCCAGGAGUUCUGGGGUUACCAGGAUCUCGUGGUCAUCCAGGAGAGACAGGAGCUCCAGGCAAGACAGGAUCUCCUGGCAAAUCUGGUGAACAGGGGUCCAAAGGCGAAAGGGGUGACCGGGGUUUUAAAGGUGAAAAAGGAAACCAGGGAGAGAAAGGACGAGCUGGUGAUCCAGGCCUUCCAGGAAUAAAAGGACAUACUGGGAUGAUGGGUCCAGUGGGGCCUCCUGGAGAACGAGGUUCAGUUGGAACACCAGGUCAACCAGGUCCUCCUGGCUUACCCGGGGAAAGAGGUGAACCACCAUCAUCUGAACAAUUGAGAAGACUUAUAAGGGAAGAGCUGUCGAAGCAGCUUGAUGCACGGUUGUCCUAUCUCAUAUCUCAGUUUCAACCCACUUCCAUUAAAUCAGCACCUGGAAAGCCAGGACCUCCUGGUCCACCAGGGAAUGAUGGAUUUCCAGGGAGACCUGGUGUUCCAGGAGAACCUGGUCAGCCUGGAGAACCUGGCCUAGAGGGAGCCAGAGGACCAGUAGGUCCAAAAGGUGAUAAAGGUGCAAAAGGUGAACAAGGGGCAGCGGGCAUUGGACGGAGGGGCGAUCCUGGUCUGCCAGGUCCUCCAGGGAUCGCAGGAACACCUGGCUAUGGAAAAGAUGGAAUUCCUGGUACUCCAGGCCCACAAGGAGAGCCUGGCCAACCUGGCAGUGUUGGUCCACAGGGACCCCCUGGGCAGAACGGAAUCUGUGACCUGGCACAGUGUGCUUACUAUGCGAGCAUGGCCAGUCGGCCAGCCAAUCAAAAAGGACCUUAAAUCAAGAUAAGAAGAGUUUGAUACAUUUGAAGGAUUGAGGCUGUUAGCUUGAAAUACAAUAAUAAUUAGCAGUCUGAACAAAGAUCACUCCAAGCUGGCCGGGUGUGUUUUGAUGCAAGUUCCUGUUCUCUCACUGGAGAAUUGGACUGGAUGCCAGCCAUUAAGCACACAUUGGAGAAUCCUUCUGCAAAUCUGCACCAGCUCUUAAUUGUGA